AUGGCUUACGACUCUAGAGCGUUUGACCUCUCCGAAUACUCUUACGUGAUUGGCAUCGAUUUUGGUACAACAUUUUCUGGAUGUUGUUAUUCAUUCACCAGGGACAAUAGUGAAGAAGUAUUUGAUAUCACUCGAUGGCCUCGACAAACAAAUCCAUAUCCAAAGACACCCACACUUGCAUUCUAUCCUCAAGGAUCGACCAAGAUGACGGCGUGGGGUCAAGAAGCAAGGAGAUUGGCAGCACGACGCGGCAACGACCAUUUGCUUUCUCGCUUCAAGUUGCAUCUUGAUGAACACCUUGACUUGCCUCCUUUACCCAACGGCUUAACAGCAUUGGAUACCAUCUCGCAUUAUCUCGAGUCCUUUCACACACACAUUUGCACUGAAUUGCAAAGGAGCUUUGCAUCCAAUUAUGAUCAAUCCAAGUUCAGAUACUGCUUAACGGUACCAGCCAUGUGGAGCGACCAAGCCAAAGCAACCAUGCGUGAAGCAGCUAUUCGUGCCGGUCUCAUCAACCGCUAUGAUCACCCCGAUCGAUUGAUGCUUAUCAGUGAACCAGAAGCUGCAGCCUUGUAUUGUGAAAAAAAGUGUGAACAAUUUAAUCUUGGACAUGGUCAACGAUUCAUGAUCUGCGAUGCAGGCGGAGGCACUGUGGAUCUAAUUGUCUUUGAAAUUGAUGAUUCAAACGGGAGAAGGUCGCUGAGAGAAGUGACAAAGGGUCAGGGGGACUCGUGCGGAUCCACCUUUUUAGACGCCCAAAUGCGUGAAUAUCUCAAAGACCGAUUCUAUGGCCUGGGGAGAGUGAGUGAUUCAGCUAUGGAAUCCAUGAUGGAAAACUUUGUCGAAGCUAUCAAGCCCCAAUUUGAGGGAGAUGAGGAUCAGUUUCUUCUCCUUCCUGCCACUUUGGGACUUGCCAACAUGGAUGACCCCGCAAAUGGUAUCGAGGAUGGCAACCUACGUAUCACCGCUGAAGAUCUGUGCGAGCAUGUUUUUGAGCCUGUUGUUCAAAAAGUAUUGGAUUUGAUUGAUGCUCAAGUACGACAAUCCCACGUGCUGCUUGAUGCCAUUUUUCUUGUUGGUGGUUUUGGUCAAUCGGAAUACUUGCGUCGAAGAGUCAUUGACGAAUUCUCUCGGCGAGUUGGUUUCAUUGGUGUCCCUCCUCGUGGUGAAUUGGCAGUAGUGCGUGGUGCAGUGUACUUUGGAUUAAAUCCACGCAUGGUGACUGAACGCGUAUCGCGACGUACCUAUGGUGUGGAAACUCGCAUGGUGUUUGAUCCGCGUCAAGACCCACAGGAGAAUUGCAUUGCAGGGGAUGGUGGUAGACUCUUUUGCAAACAACGCUUUAGCAUUUACGUCCAAAAAGGUCAACGCGUCAAGGUGGAUGAAUGUGUAUCCAAGAAUUUCAUGAUCGCUUAUCCCAACGACACUGAUACAGAUUUGUUUGCUUAUGAUGGUGAUGGUGCCAUACCUCGUUUGACGACCCAUCCCCAAGUCUUUAAGGUGGCGCGUUUCCCUAUAAAGAUGCCAAAGUUUAGCGGCGUACAAAAGGGUGAACCAAUAUUCAUGAGCAUCAAAAUGUUCUUUGGCCAAACAGAAAUCAAGAUCGAGGUGCAUAUCCGAGAUAGAGUGUUUACAUUUACAUCAGCCUUUGAAACGCUGGAACGUGGUCUAAGCGGCAUUGUCGGUGAUCUUGAUGUACCAACGACUCCACCCAGGGAUAGCAUCUUUAGCAGCGCAUCCAACUCGAAUUUAUCCAGCCCAAAUACAGAAUCAAGACCCCCUUCACUUGGCCAUCACGAUUCGUACAUGUCACGUUAUGCUCGUAGCUACAAUGGUGACGAUGAUGAAUCUUUUUACGAUGGUGAUUCGAGGCACUCGACUGGUUUCCAUGGCACGGCAAAGAAGUUACUUGGUCCUUUCAAGAUUGGUCGGCGAAAACAGUAG